AUGCGAGAAUUAUGGCUGGCGUGUGCAUUAAUAGUAGCCGUAUGUGGACAGUCGAUCAACAAGGUGCACCUCGGAUUCCCGGAAACGUGGGAUGGUGAUAAGUAUCGGGAACUGUAUUGCCCGUCCAAAAAUAUUCCCAAGUGGCUCGACGGAUAUUUUUUGUGCCAAUUAUCGGCCAGCUAUGGUAAUUCGUCAGCACCGCCUGGUCAGCGUCUCAACCAUAUGAUUGAUGCUAUUGGGGCUGUUGCUUCGUUUCAUAUCAGCAAUGGGCAGGUCGUCUUCUCCGCCCAGUACUACCCAGCGAGGCCCUACAAAAUCUGGGAGUUCUACGAUCGAAAUAUGUCAAAGUCCUCGAUCCCGUGGGCCGGCUGGUCCGAUUAUAACCUGACGGCAAUGGCGAGAUGGGAGCAGGUCCCCUCGAACCCCGACUCGGCUCGUUUCCACCCGAAUCUCGAUUUCUGGAAGAUUGGAAACCGGGUGAUCGCCGGUACUGAAGCGCCCUACUGGGUCGGCUACGAGUUUGACGUCAAGACCCUCAAUAAAUUCCAAUUGUUCCCAUUCACUGAGGAGAACGAUAUUUUCGGAGAGCCCCGGCCUUCGAUGAUCCCGAUCUCGAUGGCUAUUCAUGAGAGAAACGAUGCCGACGGUACCAUCUGGGGCACAUUUUCCGCGAUGAACUUCAACGAGCAGCGGUUCUUCCAGGGCAUCUUCACCGUCGACAAAAAUGGCGUAAGGCGGGUGGUCGGGCUGUACGACUACGGUGUUUGGGAUCAGAAUGCCUGUGGGAGGGAUGAUGAGUAUAUUGGCGACAAAACCCUCCUCCCCGGCUACGUUCACUCAAUCACCUCCACCGAAAAGUACAUCAUUUUACCGAUCACGUCGCUGCUCAUCAACCCGUGCAAGUUUAAGGAACCCCCAAUGACCAACCCUCGCUCGGCGAUCCAGAAUGGAGGCCUCUGGGGCAUGGAUUUCUAUGAUAUGGUACCGAUGAGAUUCUUGGUGUUCAACAAGAAGACAAAGGAAUGGGUGACGCCAAAGCCCCUCGAAGUAUUCCCCUCAAUGUUCGUCACCCAUCAACUCAACGCUUUUGACAGCCCGGAGGGGAAUAUUGUCGCUGAUAUGGUCGUCUACGACAGCCAUGACCCCUAUGUCAAGUACUUCUACACGGAUUUCCUCACCUCUCAGCUCUACCCCUCCACCGCUAGAAUUCUCCGAUUCACCCUGGACGUCAAGCAGCACCGCGUCAUGUAUUCUUACCUGAUCCCGCAGGAAACCAUCUCCGCCGAUUUCCCGCAAAUCAACCGAGGAUACGAAGCGCGGGCAUACCAAUGGAGUUGGAUCGUCGAGCACCCGUUUGCUGCUGAUAACAAGAUCAUUAAGAUUAACGUCGACGACCCAUCCGGGCAGCGAAACGUCGAGUACAAGGCCGAAAGCUCUCUUGUACUGCAUGAACCGUGGUUCGUUGCUAGGCCUGACUCCAGAAGAGAAGACGACGGUGUUUUGCUGGUCAGGGCUCUCGAUUUGCAUGAGAAUAAGGGAGUAUUGCUGGUCCUUGAUGCCACGACAAUGUCGGAAAUCGGACGAGCUUACGUGCCGAUAAAUGUUCCAUUUGGGUUCCACAAUCGGUUCUUCUCGAAGAAGGAUCUCGGCCUCCCCGAGGGCGUCCCACCAACCCCUCAACUUGCCUCGCAAUUCCGCCCUGGCAGCCCCACCGAACUUCUGAAGCGCAGGCAAUUCAUGUCGACCCGAAAGUUCGCUCCACCAAGCACUACCACCACCACGGAGAAGUCGACGACGCCGAGCAGUACGACUACCACAACCACGCCUAGCACAACCACCAGCACUACACCAAGCACUACGACCAGCACUACGACUACGCAGAGACCUAUUGCUCCAAGCUCAUCCUCGCGACCGAUCUACCAGACGAUCAAGACGACGACAACGACCACCACGACGCCGAGACCGCAAACAAUGACGACACAAAAAUGGACUCCGUACGUAACGACGACGACUGAAGCGACGACGACCACCCCGCCUCCCACCACAACGGCCAAGAUUCCAAGGUGGUGGCCAUUGGCUAGCGCUGCUACUGAAGAACCGUGGUGGCAGAAGGUCCGCCCCAAGCAAGCCACCCUCCCUCCUGUCCUCACCUUCGGAGGUGUCGACAAGAUUCCGGUGGCGAGGCCCGCACCUAGCCCAUCGGUGGCCCUGGUUUCCACAAACCAGAUCUCGACCGAAAACCUGAGGGGCAAUAACGCUACGGCGAUCGAGGAUAUCUAUGAGGAGACGCUGAACGCGUUGUGUGGAUGGUUGCCCAAGGUGUUCUCGGCCAUCUCCCACGACCUGUGCAUCCAAAAGGGCAAACAGGCAGCCAAG